AUGCAUUAUGGUGGCCAAUUCAAACAUGGGAAUGAUCAAGUGUACGUUGGAGGGAGGGUGAAUCACAUUGAUUUGUGUCACAUAGACGAGCUUUCUUUGAUAGAACUGGAGAAUAUGUUGAAAGUGAUGGGACUGGGGCACUGCGGGAUUGUCAGAUUCCAUCUUAGAAUUCAUAAUGGAUGGAAAGUUUUAGAUGACGAUGAGGAUGUUUUGGGUUUGGGCAGUUGGGUCAACAAGCACAAAGUGCUUGAUGUCUAUGUUGAACACACCAGAGGUGAUGUCCUUGAUCAAAGCCAAGCAAAGUUAAAUUGUGUUCCUACUGUACAACAGUUCGAUGGAGAAAAUAAUGUGGGUUGUAGUGUUGUGGCUUCUGAUAAUGCAUUAGACAAUGAUUCAUCACAGUAUGAGGAACACUCAAACAACUCGACUUCAGAUGAUGAGUACUUCUAUGACAGUGAGUACGAUUUGGAUUGCGUACAGCUGCAUGAUACAAUGGUUGAUGAAGAUGUGGGACUCAGGAAUGAACAGACAAAGGGGAAGUGGUUGGUAAUGGCAUUGGAAGAAACUAAAGGAAAUGGGUUCAAACCGAUAAUACAACAACAAUGG